AUAAAUAUUGUAUUUGUGUGUGAAUAUACGUAAAUAAAUUUUAAAUAUAUUAUAAUAUUAUACCUGUGUUCGCACACACACACACACACACGUUCAUAAAAAUACACACAUAAUUUAUAUAAUAAAAGAAAAACCAUUAUCUCACUAUUCCCAUUGUUUGAGUGUUUACGAAUACCUAAUUAGUGAUAUUUGAUUGUUCUUUUUUAUUUUCUGUUUUGUAAAAGUGAUGUGCACUUGUAAUAAUGAAUGAACAAAUUAAUUAUCUAAGUUACCCUAUUCUUAGAGAUUUAAGUAAUGCAAAUGUCUAAUGUGUGAUAAGUAAUUUUACUGAUCAAAAUAUUUAUUUUCAUCUAUUUAAAUUUUAACUGAGUAAUAUAUUUGUCCAGUUUUAUCAUAAUUCUCAGCUAUGGAAGACUAUAAAUUUUUAUUCAAAGUUGUAUUAGUCGGUAAUGCUGGUGUUGGGAAAACUUGUUUAGUUCGACGAUUUACACAAGUAUGUACAUAAUUAAUUUUAACAUAAGGUUCAUUGAAAUUAUAUAAUAUUAAUUAAAAAUUUCCUGUUAGUAUAAUUGUUUGUAGAUAUGUAGUCCUCAUAAUAAAAUCUAAACAAUUUUUUUAGAUAGGUACAAUUUAUUUAUAUUUUUUUGAAAAAAAUAUUGUACACAACAUGAAAUUAAACUUUGAGUUAAAAAACAAAUUAGCAUUGUUCUUUUUGUAUGAAUACUGGUAAAAAAAGAACAGCAGAUUUUAUUUUAAAAAAAAAAUGUACAACCUUUAAAUUAGUUAUUUACAAUUAUGAUUAUUAAUCGUCGGUGAAACUGUACAUUAAAGAUUAUAGUACAUUGACAUCAGAUUCACUUGCUGCAUAAUUAUGUUGUUAUUUUAAUGCCACUUUAUUGGAUUUAAAAAUGUUCAUUUAAAUAAUAUUUAUUUGACUAUUAACAGAUGUGCAGUAAAAUUAAAAUAGAUUACAAUUUACUAAACUUUUCACAUACAACUGUGAAUAUGAUCACACUUAAUUGUAUAUAAUAAUAUAAUAGUAUAGAAAUUGGAAACCCUAUGAAGACUUUAUGAAAUACAGUAAUUUAUUCUGAAUAGUUUUAUAAAUUACAGUCAAGUACAUUGUCACCAAUGAUUAAUAAUCAUAAUUGCUUAAAUUACUAAUUAAAAGAUUUUAAAUUUUUGUUCUUUUUUCUCUUGAUAUUUUUUCCUAUUGUUUAUUUCUCACUACCCUUUGAAUAGGUAUAUAUUUAUAUUAAACCCUGAAUAAAUUGGCUAUGCAAUAAAUACUUAGAAGGGACUAUUGUUUUAAAAUUUUGAUUGAAAAAAGAAAAUUUAUAAAUUUACUAUGAUACCUAAAAUAUUUUUUUUUGGUAUAGCAAAAAUGACGUAAAAACUUCUUACAGUUUUAUUGAUAAAUUGAAAAUUUAACAUAGAUAUUAUGAUAUAUGUAUAUAUUUUAAUAGUAAAAUACUGAAAUAUUUAUAAAUAAUAAUUUUUCUUUUACAUUAAAAAAAUUAGUUUGAGUAUGGAAUAAUUUAUAAUGAGCUACAUUGAAACAUUUAAAAUAAUUGCUAACAUUAUUUUAGGGGAUGUUUCCUCCUGGUCAAGGUGCAACAAUAGGAGUGGAUUUUAUGAUAAAAACAAUUGAAAUAGACAAUGAAAAAGUGAAAGUAAUUAUUUUUACUAUUCAUAAUUAAUUAUUCAAUUAUAAUCAAUCUUAGUCUAAAAUGCACUUUUGCGUGCCCUUACAAAUUUCAAUUUUUUUUUUAAGACAUGUUUUUAAACAAUAUAUUAUAUUAUAUGUAAACAAUACAAAUAGAAAUUUUAAAACAAUUGAAAAUUUAAAGGUUUUGAAGUUUUUUAUUUUAACAUUUUUCAUAAUAAUUUUCUCAAAACAAAAUUUAAAUUUGUAAAGGACAUAAUGAAGUGUAUUUGUUUCUCAAUCAUAUAUAAGAAAUUAUGUAUGGUAUUACUAGUAUUUACAGUUUCAUUAUAUACUACUUGUAGUACACGGCUUCACUUGUGGGCACUUUUGUAAUGUACAUUUUUAAUAUUAUUUUUAUAUGUAUUAUGUGAGAUGUAUCAUGUUUGUUAAAUAAUAAUUGAAAAAACUCUCAGAACAUGUUAUUUUAUUUAUACAGAUAUUAAAAAAAGAAAUAUUUUUUUUUAAUUGGUUGUCUAACUUAUAAAAAAUAUUAUAUUUAUUAAGUCAUUUUGCAUUAUCUUGUAUAAUGUUGUUUAAUUAUAUAAUUAAUUAAAAUAACAUUGUACUAGUAAAAAAACAAGAUUUUAUAAAUUAAAAAUUCUAUUAUGUUUUAUUUAUCUGCAAAUUAUAAUGUAAACAUAAUUCUUAAGUCUGUUUGUCUGUGAAAUUGAAAUUUUGAUUACUUGAUAUUCAAAACAAAAGGCAUAUCACUGUUUUUAUUUCAUCCUGGUAUUCUAAUCUUAAAGGAUGGCCCUCACUUGGUUUAUGGUAAAAUAUUAUGGUUAUUAAAUUACUGGUAACUGAGUUUUGGUUUGUCAAAUUUCAUUGGAAUAAUUAUCAUUUCUUUAUCCUAAAUUUGUGAUAAGGCACUUGGGAACUUGUUACAAACAAAUUUAAUAAUUGUUAUGGCCUGAUUGUUUUCUGAUUUGUAUGUUUUAUAUAAGCCAGAAAUACCAUAUCUAUGAAACUACUAAUUCAAUUUAUUUUUUGAUAAAUAUAAGAUUAAAUAUUGAGAUAAAUUAAUUACAGGGUAAUAAUAGGUAGUAUAUUAUAUGAUAAUUCUGAUUGAAUACACUUAAAAUGUACAAAUUUAUUACAUAGUCCCAUCUUCCCCUAAUUUUAUUUUUGAAUAUGUCUGCUUAGCACAUUUUCUAACUUGUAUUACACUUUUUUUUUUUUUUUUGUAGCACAUUUAAAGUUAGUUUGUAUCAUGAAUAUUUAUAGUUUUUUAUAAAUUAAUAGUAUAUCAUUAUUGUAAUACAUUGCUAAUUUUAUUUUAUUAGCUUCAAAUCUGGGACACAGCAGGACAAGAAAGAUUUCGUUCUAUUACCCAAAGUUAUUAUCGCUCUGCACAUGCUUUAAUAUUAAUUUAUGACAUAACUUCUCAGCCAACCUUUGAUUGCCUUAAUGACUGGUUACGUGAAAUUGAUGAAUAUGCAAACAAUAGAGUAUUAAGAGUUUUAGUUGGUAAAUAAAAUAUUUUAAAAUUAUUAUCAAGUAUCUUUUAUUAAGUACAUUUUUAUAUUAUGCUAUUAUGUUGUAUCAGGUAACAAAAUAGACAAAGAAGAUCGUGAAAUUCCUUCUCAUGUUGGUCAAGAUUUUGCUCAAAGACAUGACAUGCGUUAUUUAGAAACAUCAGCAAAACAAGCAGAUAAUGUAGAAAAGUUAUUUGUUCAAAUUGCUUCAGAACUAAUGGAGGUAAAACAAAUUUAUACAAAUAUUAUUAAUAUAUAUAUUAUAUCACCCAUAGUUUAAAUUAUUAUAAUUAUUAAGUAAAGGAGAGAGUAAAGUAAAUUGAUAUAUUCAAACUAAAAUUAUAAUUAAACUAGGUAUCCAUUGAAAUAUUUCAGAUUAUUUUAUUUUUCCUAUGUGAUCAAAUGAGUAUGUUAUGUUUUUUCAGGAAUUUGAGAAACCAUAAGUACUUACAAAUUACACAUAUCUAUAGUUUUUUUAAUUAGUUAGGUCUUUAAAACAAAAUGGUCCCAUAUAAAAAAAUAACAUAAUGCAUUAAUAGUUUAAUGUAAUUUAUGAUGGUUAGGUUAGGUUAGGUAAGUUUUAUAUUAACAAUUACUUAUUAAAUUGUAUUGUGCUAAAAAUAAUUUUAACUGUUAAUUAUUAUUUAGCAAGCUAAAUCCAAAGGAAUAUCCACCGAGAGUCCACAAUCAUUGCCAUUCAAUACUAGGACAUCCAAAACAAUCAACGAUUUCUGUUGUAAUCGUUAAAGAUAUAAUCAAUAUUUUUAAUAAUAAUUAUCAUUUGUAUAAAGAGCUUAUGACAGGGUAAAUUGUAAUCAAACUACUUUCCCUGAAAUCAUUUCCAUAAUAAUCUAUUUAAUAACAUAAUGUUACCCAACAGUAAUUAUAUGAGCAAAAAUAGUAUUAUAAUUUUAUUUAAUUAUUGAACAACUAACAUCCAAUUGAUUAUGAUUAAAUAUUUUUACCGAAUGUUAAUGUGUCACGGUUGUUUCUAAAUUGUUUGCAUACAAAUUAAUUAUGUGCUACAUGUGCUUCCAAAAGAAGUGUUGUGCUCAAUUGUAUGAUCACUUAAUUAUGAUUACAUUUUCAAAACCAUAUUUUUUUUAAGUAAAUGUACUGUAUUUCUAAUUUUAUUUUUAUUUAUAAUGAAAAAUGUAUUAAAUUAACAAAAGUAUUAUGAAAUAGUAUUUUAUUGUGUUAACUAAAAUUCUUUGGAGAAUUUUUUUGUUUUAAAUUCUUAUAUAAUUAUGUACCUUGAUUCUUAUUAAUUUUAAAGUUUUAACAAAUGUUUAUUUAUUAAUUAAAUGCUAUUUUAAUUGUAAACCAUUAUAACUCAAUUGUAAAUUUAGUUAAUUCAGUUUUUUUAUUAUUAUAAUACAUAGCAUAUAUUAUAUAAAAUAGCUUGCAAAUGUAUGUUUGUUGGUUAUUAUCUACACCUAAUCAAUUGAACAAAACAUGAUGUAUUAAUUUAUAGUUAUUUUGUUUUUAUAAUAUAUUUUACCUAUUAAGUAACUUAAUUUAUUAGUAUUACCAAAAACAAUUUAAUGUUUAUUUUAUACAUUUUUUUUUAUUUACUAAAAAUCUUGUGCAAUACUUUUUUGAAAUGACUUUUAAAAAAUAAUAUUAUAAUUUAGGUUAAUAAUUAUAAUUUAUUAGCACAAUAUAAUUAUCAGAAAAAAACAAUAACAAUUUUUAAUAUUCAUUAAUUUAAUGUUAUUUAAUAUUUUGUUUGAAUAACUUCAUGGUGAUGAUGUUUUAUCUUUUAUUUAUAAUGUUGUGAAAUGUUUCAAUGUUACAUGUAUUAUAGAAUAACUUGUUAUCUAAUGAACAUAAAAGAUUUUAGUUUUUAUUUUCUCUAAUAACAAAUAUUAUAGCAACAAGAUUAUUCAUCUAAAUCAGUUGAGAUUAACUACAGCCCGCAAUCAUUUAUUAAUUGGCCCACCAAAAUAUUAAAUCACAAUUUAAAAAAAAAAUAACUUCAAAUUUUAAAAAGUAACACUCACAUUAAUAGGAGAUAUGUUUAUACUUUAAAUUUUUUUCUCAUUUAUAAAUUAUAAAAAUCCAUACAUAAUAAAUGAUUAAAUAUAUCACUGUACCUAUAUUAAUAUUUACUUACAAUAAAAUAUAAUAUUCUAUAAACUUAAAAAUAAAAGUUUUAAUUAUUUGUCCUCAAGAAUUUUUUUUUCUUCACAACCCUCUGUAAAAAGGUUGGUCAUUACUGAUCUAAAUAUUGAGUAUACUCCGGUCCACGAGAGAUCGGUAUCAUUAUUUGAUCAAAACUCGUUUGAUUCCGUGCCCUCACUCAUUGGCUUACUGACAGUGUGAAAUGGAACUACGAACCGUUACUGCCAGUCAUUGUGCAUCUCUUGUGGGCCAGAGUAUAGAUGUAUUAUUUCUUUUAAUUAUCUCAAUGUUUUUAAUACGAUUUAUUGAUAAUUUAAAUAUUAUAUUGAUAAAAUAAUUAUUAAGAUCUAUUUAAAAAAAAAUAUUUAUAAUUAUUAAUGUUGUUUUUGUUUUUUGAUAAAAACAUAAAAAUAGAUUUAAAAUCUAUAAUUUGGGGAUUACAAAAGACAAAUAUGGUAAAAUGGUUUGUAAAAAAAAGCAAAAUCUUAAUACUUGGUGUACAAAGUGGCCCAGAUGAAACAUUUGUCAAAUAUUCAGUCAAAGUAGGAAGAGUUUGGAAUCAGGUUGUCAUUACUAAGAGUUGGGAGUCAUUAAACAAAGACAAAAUAUCUGAUUCUGUACAAAUUAUGGCACAAUUUCAUUAUUUUAAAUUUUUAGAACUUAUUUUUUCCAUUAUAAAUACGGCUUCAAUAGAUAAAUAACAGUAGAAUUUUUUUUAUUUCAUUUCUAAUCAAGUUCAUAAGUUAUUAGUUUUUGAUUUUCCCUGUAAUAUUAAAUAAAUAGGAAAAACCGGAAAAUAUCCAA